CGAUGCGGCUGCUCUAACAACCAUUGAUUCCAUACAGAAGAAUACUCACUGAGUAACAAUGGCAGCAGCAUUCAUCCUUGACUUUAAAAACUGUUUCAUCUUUAUCAUCCUUUGCCUCUUUUCAUUUCUCUUUUACUAUUUCUUCUUCAAGGCACCAAAUAACUCAGAAGGCUGUGAUCAUCUGCCACCCAGCCCUCCGUCUCUUCCAAUCAUCGGCCAUCUUCACCUUCUCUUCUCUCUUCUACUCCACAAAUCUUUACAGAAACUAUCCUCCAAGUACGGACCUAUCCUCUAUCUUCGUAUCUUCAAUGUACCCAUAGUCCUUGUCUCCUCUGCCUCAAUAGCCUAUGAGAUCUUCAGGGCGCAAGACAUGAACGUUUCCACUCGAACCUUCCCAACGAACGAAGGGUCUCUUUUCUUUGGAUCUUCCAACUUCACUACUGCUCCGUAUGGAGACUACUGGAAAUUCAUAAACAAGCUCAUCACCACCAAGCUCCUUGGACCUCAGGCUCUCGAGAGGUCAAGAGGCGUCCGUGCGGAUGAGGUAAAUCGGUUUUACUUGGAUCUUGUAGACAAGGCGGUGAAGAAGGAGAUCGUUGAGAUUGCCGAGGAAGCUAUGAAGCUAAUAAGCAACAACAUGUGCAAGAUGCUUAUGGGAAAGAGUCUUUCAGAGUACGAUGAGUCAGAGAGAGUGAGGGGCUUACUGACUGAAACAGAUGUCUUGCUUAAAAAGUUUUUCCUGGCGGCCAUCUUGCGCAAGCCGCUUGCGAAGCUCGGGAUCUCACUUUUCAAAAAGGACUUUGAGAGUAUUACCCGCAGGUACGACGAGGUGUUAGAGAAGAUUAUUGUGGAGUAUGAAGAGAGGCAGAAGGAUUAUAAUCAAAGUAGUGAGAUGUUGGACGUACUAUUAUUGGAAGCUUGUCAAGGUAAAAAAGCAAGGCAUAAUAAUAAGAUCACUAGGAACCAUAUCAAGUCCUUGUUCGUGGUAAAUGUUCCUUCCUCUGAUUAUAUUAUUACGUACCAUUGGUUGUUCCUGUCUAAAGAAUGUAUGCUUCUACAGGAUCUUUUCGUCGCAGGCACGGAGACCUCAACGCUCAAUAUUCAGUGGACCAUGGCAGAGAUUUUCAACAACCCAAAGGUUCUUGAGAGAUUGAGAGAAGAAAUUGAUUUGAUUGUAGGAAAAACAAGGUUGGUUCAAGAAACAGAUCUAGCUAACAUGCCUUAUUUGCAAGCUAUCGUUAAGGAAGCACUGAGAUUGCACCCACCAGGACCUCUUGUGAUAAGGACCUUCAGUGACAGGUGUAAGGUUGGAGGCUUUGAUGUACUGGAGAAGACAACACUUCUAGUUAACAGCUAUGCUGUAAUGAGAGAUCCAUAUUUAUGGGAAGACCCUGAGGAGUUUAAGCCUGAGAGGUUUUUACCAGCUUCUCCAAGAUCAGGUGGUCACGAGGACGAGAUGAUAAAAGAGGAAGUCCUAAAAUACAUUCCUUUCGGAAGCGGAAGGAGAGGCUGUCCUGGAUCAAACCUAGCUUAUCUUUCUGCAGGAACCGCGGUUGGAGUGAUGGUGCAGUGUUUUGAUUGGAAAAUCGAAGGAGGUAAGGUUAACAUGGAAGAGGUUCGUGGAACAAUGACGGUGGCUAUAGCUCAUCCCCUUAAGUGCACUCCUCUUCUUCGAUAUCCAAACCCUUUACCUUCCCUUGUGUAGAUUUCCAGUCUGUGCGCUAGCUCGAGAUUUUCUCUUAUAUAAGGACAAUGUGUGUGUAUGCAUGCCAUUCUUGGUUUAUGCCUAAUAAUUUCUUUCGUGUAAGAUUCUGUUCACGGGUUUUAUAUAAAAUGCAGGUUACAAUAUAGAUACUGUCAACUUUGUCCAAGCCCAGCCAUUAUAAUUUGGCAUCUAAACCUCAAUUUUUUUUGAGAAUAUAUGUAUAAAAUACAUUGUUUUUUUUGUAAGAGUUAAUAUACAGUAUCAAACACUUCUGCCUCUAUACAAUAUUUAGUGUUUGGUGCCCAGAGUCAGUUUCUUCUUUUUUUUUUUUCUAGAAGCUAUUUUCUAGAUAGAGUUGUUUACAUAAUUGAUCAUUUUUCUCUCUUCCAUCCCUCUCUCUCAAAAGCGACUAGCAAGGCGAUCCUCCGUUUGGCUCCGGCACCAGAGAACUCUUCCCAAAACUUCAAAUAUAUUUGAGGUUUAUCAUCAGAGCAACUAGUCCUCAAAAUCUUAUCACUACAAGAAAACACGCCGAAUUCCGACGGAGAUUCCGACGGACGUCACAGGCGUCGGACAUUUUGGACGGAAAUC